UCUGAUCGUCGUUGAUGCUCUUGACGAGUGUGACGGAGACAAUGACGUAAAGACCAUCAUCUCCCUGCUAGUACAAGCAAAGACACUGAGCUCCGUGCGACUGAGGAUUUUCAUCACCAGCCGGCCUGAGCUGCCCAUUCGCCUUGGAUUCAUGAACGUUCAGGGAAAGAUUCAGGACCUGGCUCUACACAAAAUACCGGAGCCAAUUGUGGAACGCGAUAUAUCUACAUUCUUAGGACACACACUCGCAAGAAUUAGGAACGAUUACAACAGCCAAGCUCCCGGAGACCUAAGUCUGCCGCCCGACUGGCCUGGCGAACACGUCAUUCGGACUCUCGCUCAGAUGGCCGUUCCAUUGUUCAUUUUUGCCGCAACCGUCUGCCGCUUUGUCGAAGAUCCGGUGUGGUCUGACCCCGCCGGUCAGCUCGAGAAAGUCUUACAGUAUCAGCGGAAGACCCAUAAUUCCGAGCUUGACAAACUCGACGCGACAUAUCUCCCAAUUCUCAACCAGCUCACUGCCGGGCGUGCUGAGCCACAGAGGGGCCGCUUAUUAGCCGAGUUCCGGGAUGUUGUUGGCCCUAUUGUUCUCCUCGCCCAACCGCUCUCAGUGUCGUCGCUCGCACGACUUCUCAUCAUCUCUCCUAAAGCUAUAUAUGGCAGGCUCAACUCUCUCCACUCGGUCCUGAGAAUUCCCCCAGAAAUAGAUGCUCCUGUAAGACUCUUCCACCUGUCUUUCCGCGACUUCCUUGUCGAUCCAACCAAGCGUGCCAACGAGUUUUGGAUCGACGAAAUACAACAUCACCGAACGCUGGCGGAUAGAUGUAUUCAACUUAUGCGCCAACACCUCAAGAGAGAUAUCUGCGAUCUGCAAGUGCUGGGGAAACCGCGCUCGGAAAUCGACCAACGAACCGUCGACGUCUCUUUGCCACCCGAGGUCCAGUACGCAUGUCAGUACUGGGUCCACCACUGGAAGGCGAGCAAAGGCAUUGUAUGGGAUGACGGCUCGGUCCACAGUUUCUUGAAGAGCCACCUCCUUUACUGGCUUGAAGCGCUCGGGCUUGUAGGCCAUAUCUCGGAGAGUAUUGGCAUGGUAGACGACUUAUUAGCCCUACUCGAUCCUGGAGAUGCUACCGAAGUAUCUGUAUUUCUCCGCGAUAUAAGACGAUUCGUUCUGAGCAGUCUAUCGAUUAUUGAUACAGUACCUCUUCAGGUAUACGCUUCAGCACUUGUGUUCAGCCCUGUCCGCUGCAUAACAAGAGAGUUGUUUAAACAUGAGGAACUGGAGUGGAUUACCACCGCACCGGCUGUAGAAGAUGAGUGGGGUCCAUGCGCGCAGACGCUCGAGGGGCAUAGCGGCUGGGUCUACUCGGUCGCGUUCUCGCCCGAUUCGAGGCUCGUCGCCUCAGGGUCAAAUGACACGACUGUUAAGAUCUGGGAUNCGGCGACAGGGAGAUGCACGCAGACGCUCAAUACUGACAGAAUCCCCUAUGCCAUAUCAUUUACUCCUACCGGCUCACAUCUCCAGACGGAUUUUGGUACUAUCGAUCUAGCUAUGCCGCCGCCAUACACCCUCCACCUGGCACCGUCAAGAACUGCUUCGCCAACUCUCCAACGUCAAGACUACGGUGUAAGCUCGAAUGGCAGGUGGGUCACGAGGGGCUCGGAAAACUGGCUUUGGCUGCCCCCAGAAUAUCGGCCGGUAUGCUCGGCCGUAGCGCCAUCAACAAUCGUUAUCGGCAGUUCAUCCGGACGAGUGUCAGUUAUAGCGUUUCGGACAAAACCGACGCAUCUGUUAGAACAUUGAUCACGCACUGAGUUUGUCUCUUGAUUUUUCAUCAUAGCGUGCCACAGAAAAGGGUCUGGGAGGCGCCGUUAAUUUAUAUCCGUCGUUGUUCGAGUAUUUUCGAGAACUUCUUCUGGUCUUUGUUAUUCCUGCGACCUAAAAAUCGCCAGUUCCCAGAAUCGUGAUGUGGUGACG